AUGGGUCCAAAACGUGACAAUUUGAGCCUGGUCGUUGGGGCCUCGAAAUCCCAUGCCAGCCACCCCACCCCACCUGCAACCCAACGUCCUUUGGACUCCGUUCUCCCUCUGGCCCCCCAAACCACAGCCCUGCCUCCCGAGCUGACCAGGACAUCUUCCUCUCCCUGGCAUCCAGAAGACAACGCUUCCCGCCAGAGCCAGCCGGUCACUCGGAGGAUAACCAGGCCUCCUGUCCUCUCCACCCUUCCGUGGACUACUCAGGGCAUCCGCCAGACCACCAUCCGACCCCUCUUGACAGCCCCGGUUGUUCCUGCCACCACCCAGCUGGCUUACAUUGAAUCAGGCAGCGCGGAAGGCAGCGGAGAUCCAGAACUGGGCACCAGUGGAGAUCAGGAAGGCAGCGGGACCAGCUCGGCAGGGGAGGAAGAAGUAGAAGAAGCCAAGGUGCCAGGUACCCACCUGAUCGAGAGAGCCACCUGUUACAACACCCCCCUCGGAUGCUGCUCAGACGGCAAGACUCCUGCAGCGGACGCCGAAGGAAGUAAUUGCCCAGCCACCAAAGUCUUCCAGGGGGUCCUCAUCUUGGAAGAGGUGGAAGGCCAAGAGCUGUUUUACACCCCAGAAAUGGCCGAUCCCAAAUCGGAGUUGUUUGGGGAGACGGCCCGGAGCAUUGAAAGUGUGCUGGACGAGCUUUUCCGCAACUCAGAUGUCAAGAGAGACUUCAAGAGCGUCCAGGUGCGACAUCUGGGCCAAAGCAGUGCCGUGAGGGUCAUCGUUGAGACCCAUUUUGACCCAGCUACUUCUUACACGGCUGCCGACAUCCAGAAGGCCCUUCUGAAGCAGAUCAAAGUCUCUAAGAAGAAAACCAUCUUGGUGAGGCGACCCCAGCAGGAGAACAUCAAAUUCAUGGACUUUGACUGGAUCCCCCAACUCUUCACCACUACCACCACCACCACGAUCGCCACCACAAUGGCACCCACAGCCGCCAGCUCCCAGCGGUUCCCUACCACCGCUGCGCCCCGGACCUUGAAUCCGGGAUGGCUGAACGGGAAAACCUCCGGGGGAGUCACAACCAAAAGGCCCGGCACCACUCUUCCAGCCACCACAGACAGGAAGAAGCCCAUGCGCAUCGUACCCACCACCAGGAAACCUGCACGGCCCUGUGACUCUCACCCCUGCUUACAUGGAGGCACUUGUGAGGACGAUGGCCGGGACUUUACUUGCAGCUGUCCCGCAGGAAAAGGAGGAGCAGUUUGUGAAAAAUCCAUCCGAUACUUCAUCCCCAGCUUUGGUGGGAAGUCCUACCUGGCCUUCAAAAUGAUGAAAGCCUACCACACCGUGCGCAUCGCCAUGGAAUUCCGAGCCGCUGAGCUAAGCGGGCUGCUCUUGUACAACGGGCAGAACCGCGGGAAGGAUUUCAUCUCCCUGGCUCUGGUGAACGGAUUUGUGGAGCUCAGGUUCAACACUGGCUCUGGGACGGGCGUGAUCACCAGCAAGGUGCCCGUCGAGCCUGGCCAGUGGCAUCAGCUGGUGGUCAAUCGGAACCGGAGGAACGGCGUGCUCUCCGUGGAUGGAGAGCCACACGUCACUGGCGAGAGCCCAAGUGGGACGGAUGGGCUAAACCUUGACACUGAUCUCUUUGUCGGAGGGGCACCCGAAGAUCAAAUUGCCAUGGUGGCCGAGCGCACCUCGGUGCCAACGGGCCUCAAGGGCUGCAUCCGCCUCCUGGACGUCAACAACCAGAUGUACGACCUGCGGGAGAAAGGCAGCGACGUGCUCUACGGCAGCGGGGUGGGCGAGUGUGGCAACAACCCGUGCCAGCCCAACCCCUGCCACCACGGCGGUCUCUGUCACAUCAUGGAGGCAGAGAUGUUUCACUGCGAAUGUCUCCAUGGUUAUACAGGGCCCACCUGUGCUGAUGAGAGAAACCCCUGUGACCCCAACCCAUGCCACGUCUCCGCCACCUGUUUGGUAUUGCCAGAAGGCGGAUCCAAAUGCGAAUGCCCCAUGGGACGAGGAGGGGAGUUUUGCGAAUCAGUUGCAGAACUGGACCAGACGGUGCCUUUCCUGCCGGAGUUCAACGGAUUCUCGUACCUGGAGCUGAACGGUCUCCAGACCUUCGUGCCAGACCUACAGGAUAAGAUGGCCAUGGAAGUUGUGUUCCUAGCAAAAAAUCCAAAUGGCUUAAUUUUCUAUAAUGGGCAGAAGACAGAUGGGAAAGGAGAUUUUAUCUCCCUGGCCCUUCACAAUGGAUACCUGGAGUACAGAUAUGACCUGGGCAAAGGAGCUGCUGUGAUCAAGAGCAGAGACCCAAUCCCUCUGAAUACCUGGGUCAGCGUUUCGCUGGAGAGGAACGCACGGAAAGGCGUAAUGAGGAUUAACAGCGGAGAACGGAUCCUGGGUGAAUCUCCGUUGCCCCACACCUCACUUAACUUAAAGGAACCCCUGUAUGUUGGGGGAGCACCUGACUUCAGCAAACUGGCUCGUGCUGCGGCGGUAUCUGCUAGCUUUGAUGGAGCCAUUCAGAAGAUCUCCAUCAAAGGGAACUCCAUCCUGAAGGAGGAGAACAUCCGCAGCGCCAUUGAGAUUUCAUCUUUCCGCUCUCAUCCCUGCACUCAGAAGCCCAGCCCUUGCCAGAACAGGGGGACAUGCAGACCCCUCCUGGAGGGCUAUGACUGCACCUGCCCCAGGGGCUUCUUCGGGACCCACUGUGAGAAAGUCAUCACCGAGAAAGCAGCCGGAGACUCGGAAGCCAUUGCCUUUGACGGCAGGACCUACAUCGAAUACCACAACGCUGUUACCAAGAGCGAGAAGGCCCUGCAGUCAAACUACUUUGAGCUCAGCAUCAAGACGGAAGCCACACAGGGCCUCAUCCUGUGGAGCGGGAAGGGUCUGGAUCGAUCUGACUACAUCGCCUUGGCCAUCGUGGACAGCCGUGUCCAAAUGACCUACGACCUCGGCUCCAAACCCGUGAUCCUGCGUUCCACCAUCCCGGUCAACACGAACCAGUGGAUUCAGAUCAAAGCGUCCAGAGUUCAUCGAGAUGGGUCCCUGCAGGUCGGCAACGAGUCUCCCGUCACGGGUUCCUCUCCUCUUGGAGCCACACAGCUGGACACAGAUGGGGCCCUUUGGCUGGGCGGAUUGGAGAAACUCAACGUGGCCCAUAAGCUUCCCAAAUCCUUUCUCACUGGCUUUGUGGGCUGCAUACGAGACGUGGUGGUCGACCGCCGAGAACUCCAUCUGGUAGAAGACGCUUUAAACAAUCCCACCAUAUUACAGUGUGCAGCCAAAUGAAACAACCCUGCGUCUCUCUCUCUCUCCCCUCCUCCUGGCUAUUGCUGUAAUUAUUUUCUAUUUUUGUAAAACUUCUUGCUUUUUAUAUUUUGGGGGGGGACAGGAAGAGGGGGGAUAGCAGGGAGACGAGGAGGAGGAGGACGAGGAGGAAGAGAAGGAUCAAGAGAGGACUUUGUUGGGGAAGAACAUUUCUUUUCGGUUACUCGUUCGGUUACAGCAUUAUGUCACCCAUCGGACUCACAAGGAGCGAAGCCUCCAUUUUUAAAACAAGGCAAAGUAUCAGGAUGUGACCAAGGAACAAAGCCACCCCAUUCUGCUUUUUGGGGUCAUUCUCCACUGUAAAUGUCACUCAUACUUGAAGUCAUUCUUUUAUGAUGAUGAUGAUGAUUAUUUUUAAUCAGGUUUUUUUUUUUGGCCGACGCCAACACUAAGGGGAAAACACAAAGGUGACCGCCACUGAAGGUCACAGGAAAAAGGUUGUCCAAGUCAUGGCAUCUCUGAACAAAGGAACAGCAACCACCGUACGGACUCAAGGGGGAGAUCUCCCACCCCCCACAAAAAAGCCAACGGGGACUCACGGCAGAAGUCCAAGGAAUUGGACUCAAGCUUUCACCCCAAAGCACCAGCUGGUCCUUUCGUCUUAACUAGGCUUAAUAUUAUCUUCUUGUACUCACAAUUAGAAUGACAAGCUGCUUGGUGUGCGUGCGUGCGUGUACGUGUGUGUGUGCACACACACACAUCUAUCCUUUGUCCUCUUUUGACAGAAGCCCACGGAAGACUUAGCUCUCGGGUAGCAGUGGUGAGAAUGGCUUUGCUGGAGAGAUGCAGGAUAGAAAAGAUGGUCAGAUGGUCUCAGAGAGGUAGGCAAAGGAAUUGAGCAGAGGAAAAGCCCGGGUUGUGGCUGGGCUGGAGGGAGAACAGCAUUCCUAAACCCUCAAGGAGAUGAGCUUAUGUUUCUCAUCCAGUCUUCAGAGUUCACAGAGAUAAGUGGUGAUGCCCCAGAAAACCUUAUCUAUAGCCUGGACACCAGAUUUGUGAUACCACUUAAGACCAUGCCAAGCUAGGCUGAUCAUCACCCAACCCGUAAAACAACGAUGGAGACAUUUUAGAGCAGUCUUCAGACCAAGUCUGAGCAAGGCGGCCGGUUCCCUUAGGGGCCGCUGUGCAUGGUCGGCUGGUCUGUAUUCCCAUCUUGGAAGAGCAGCAUAUCAGAGGUUUAGCCAUACCCACAUCCCGGAGAGGUGUCAGUCUGGCCUAAAACUCAGCUCCCAGUUUUACACACGUGCCCAUGGACCUCCCCCCCCUCUCCCAGAUGUGCGUCUCCUGAUUCAUUUGGGAAUCUCUUUGGGUAGGAAAAAGGUACAUACAUACCUACAUAUAUGUAAAUCUAUACCUCUAUGUUUCUGUGGUGUGGUAUGUACAGCCAGAAGGGAAGGGACUGGAUCCAGGGACUUUUGGAAACUUUCUCCUGCAUUCCAAAUCCUUUGGAGAUGUUCCAAACCUUUGGGAUGUCCUUGGCAGGAAAUUCAGAAUGGUCCCCUCUCCCCUUUGGACGGCAAGCAAUGUCAUGAGGAGAGAGCAACCUUCCGUAACAGGGUUCUUGCAAUAUUCUGAAAUAGUUGUGGCAACUCCAGGGCGGUCCCCCCUUCCGGUGACAUCACUCAGGCAGGUUGGCACAUAAGAUGGCUGGAAGAGCAGCUAGUAAGCUGACCAAGGGUGGGAUUUGAUCAUACAUAUGUGUGUAUGUUUUGUUCAUACAACUCCCCUGUUCUUUCCGUUCUUGGCUGCGUACGGAGAGCAGCUGCGGGACCUCUUUCCACACGUUAUUUUUAUCCAGCUCGGUGCAACCUCGCCGCUAUUUCUUAGUUGAAAACACCCACCCAAAGCUCGUGGCUUGGGUGACUUAUCAGGACAGGAAAGGGAUCCUUGGAGAUGCUGUUUGAAUGUAUGCCCUGCAGUCAUUCCACCCUCUCCAAAAAUCCCCCAAUAGUCCCCAGGAGUUAUUGCGGCCACCCGUAAAGGCGCUGAAAAUAGAAACACUUCGGAUUGCUUUACAGUAGUGUUUCUCAAACUUGGCCACUUUGAAGAGGCGUGGACUUCAACGCCCAAAAUUCCCCUGCCUGCAUGUUUUAAGAUGUGUGGAUUUCAACACCCAGAAUUCUGGGCGUUGAAGUCCACACCUCUUAAAAGGGGCCAAGUUUGGCAAACGCUGCUUUCCAGCAACCCGUUUUUCUCAAAUGAUGAUCUUUCCGGCUUUGUGGAAAGUGAAUUUGGGAACUGUUGGGUUUCUGUUGAACAAAGCCUAAGGCAUCUGUGGCUUACGGUGUUGAGUGUGGUGACUUAGAUGCCCUACCUUGAGCCUAGAACUAAAACAUGGCCACCUAAGGAGAGUUAAGGCCCCUCUUCCUGGCCACCUGUCUGGCUCUUCUUUGACCUCCUACGCCCCACCUGGGUGUUUGCUAGAGCUGAAAGGAGCCAUUCUGAUGUCCCACCAUGCCCUUCAUGGAGAUGCAAGCCACGGUGGGAAAUUGGAAGGGCUUCCAAACCAUCUCGACUUCACGGAGGCCGCCUCUCCCAGAUCAAGAAGUCAACGGUCACCCAAAAGAUAAGAUCUGGCAGACCUCUUGAUCCCAACCUACUCAGCUCAGCACCGUGUCUUGUGGACAGCGGUUUCGGUGUGGAGACUGUGUUUUGGGAGGUGAUUCCUCCUCCUCCUCGAGAGAAAAACCCUAUACCGGGUUGCAAAUGCAUUUAGGAAAUGGCGUUGCCCUUUCAGACGGCAAAAAACAUCUUCAGGUUUUCAGGUCAGAUAAGGGGACCUCGUUUUUUCCUUCUUUGGGAAUUACUAGAAAAACCCACUCUGUAUGGAAUUAGGGUCUGGUGGAGUUUUCCCCCCAGUCCUCCAGUGGGCCAAAUUAGCCACCCCAGAGCUUCUGGUCAGGUUCAGGAGGUCUCCUUUUCACCUGAUGUGAGGCAUCUUCGCCCAGACUCCAGGCCAGGUUGGCAGUGAAGCCGAACGUCAGAAUCCCCUUUUUUCCCACCCGUCCAGGGCGGUUCCAAACAGCUCUCUUGGAGGCCUAGGUACAGACACACCCUGAUCUGGAAUUUAAGGCUGGAGAGGGAAUGCCCUUCGUGACGUACUUGGAGGAGAAUAAUAUCCAUGCAAAAACCCAGGGGUUGCAUUUCUCCCUGUGGCCUUACCCUGCUUCCCGGGCACCAUGCUCCCCGCUUCCCGAGGACGGGAAAGAGCCACACCCCUAAAUGUGAAGGAACCGGGCCAGCUCCUCUCAGCCAGUUGCUACUCCCCGUGACGGAGCUCUGAUUAUCGGGGACCCCCUUUUCCACCUCCCCCUGUUUGGUAUCCUUAACACUGAUGUCUCUGUGGUGCUAGGAGAUAAAUAAUAAAGAGAAAACAGGACAGCCGUGUGUUGCAAAAGAACAAUAAACAUCCAAAAUUGGGAAGAGCAUCUUCAUGGUUAUUUCAAAGGAGCCCGGGCUCUCCGGCCCGCUUUCAGAUGUUCAGGGACUCUUCGGCAUCAACCCUUCCAGGCAAUUUCCAGGAAAAAAAGAAAAGAAAAGAAAAUGCAGGAAACUUCUUGCUGGGCCAUACAGAGUCCUGUAGGGCUCCUUGCAACCCGGCUAGCGCGCCCUUUGCAACUCUGCUAAAUGAAGCCGUUUGCUGAAUCUCGCCAUUGCACGGAGGCGUAGCGCAAAUUGAAGGCGCCGAU